UGGGAAAGGGGCAGACCCGAAACCCGUACAAGCCAUAGGCUAAUUGUAUUUGUGAAAUAUAGUCACAUAAAUCCAAUAGGAAGGCUACAGUCGGGCCGGGGGGUGCGUUUCAUUAGGCUGAAGUCAAGUGAGAUAAACGAUUGAUGGAAUAAAGGUCGGGUUGUCACGCUUUGGAAAGUGCUGGCGGUGGAGGAAUUGCGAAAAGGAUUUCAUUUGUGAGAGAGGAGUGCUCUCGCAAGUUAUGUCUUCAGCAGUCCAUUCUGCACUGGGGUGGCCGUAUAGAUGAAUGACUCAAUGACCAUUUGGGGUCUUCUGGAAUAUGUCUUACAUUUUAUUGGACUAUUUGACCAAUUUCGUUUCAAUAUAGUUAUAGUUGAAUAUCCUUGAUAACUUGAUACGCUGCCUAGUGGAAAUACCGAUUUUGGAUUUGUACAGAACAUUUGACCUCCAUUAGGUGAUUUCUGAUUAUUGAGCCUUUAUAGCAUUCUGGAAUAUGGCUCGUUAUUUUGAAGGUCUCAGUAAGGGAGUGCCUAACGGAGGGAUGGCCCAGUUUCAGGAGGAGAUGAGGCAGCAGCUGGAGACCUCCAUGCACGCAGAGCUGGAGAAACUACUGGACACUGCCACGGGGGUCGACAAGGAGGUCUCCAAGAAGGACUUUGAUGGAUUCAAGAAGCUGUUCCACAGGUUUCUGCAGGUGAAGGGGCCAUCGGUGGACUGGCCCAAGAUACACAGACCUCCAGAAGACUCAAUCCAGCCCUAUGAUAAGAUAGCAGCGCUGCCCCUGCCGGACAACCUGGCAGACAGUCUCAACAAGCUGGUGGUCGUCAAGUUGAAUGGAGGCCUGGGGACCAGCAUGGGCUGUAAAGGCCCCAAGAGCCUCAUCAGCGUCCGCAACGAGAACACUUUCCUGGACCUCACCGUGCAGCAGAUAGAGCACUUGAACAAGAAGUACAACACAGACGUUCCUCUGGUCCUGAUGAACUCCUUCAACACGGAUGAAGACACCAAGAAGAUCCUUCAGAAAUACACACACCACCGUGUCAAGAUACACACCUUCAACCAGAGCAGGUACCCCCGUAUUAAUAAAGAGUCCCUCCUGCCUGUGGCCACAGACAUUGGUAUGACGGGUGACAACGCUGACGUGUGGUACCCUCCUGGCCACGGGGACAUCUACGCCAGCUUCUACAACUCUGGUCUGCUGGAUCAGCUCAUCACAGAGGGCAAGGAGUACAUCUUUGUGUCUAACAUUGAUAACCUGGGUGCUACGGUGGACCUGAACAUCCUGCAUCACCUGGUGAGCCAGCCCAACGGGAAACGCUGUGAGUUCAUCAUGGAGGUCACCGACAAGACCCGCGCUGACGUCAAGGGCGGUACUCUUAUUCAGUAUGAUAACAAGCUGCGUCUGCUGGAGAUAGCCCAGGUCCCCAAGGCCCAUGUAGAUGAGUUCAAAUCAGUCACCAAGUUCAAGAUCUUCAACACCAACAACCUGUGGAUCUCUCUGGGCGCCAUCAAGAGGCUGCAGGAGCAGAACGCCAUGGACAUGGAGAUCAUCGUUAACCCCAAGACACUGGACGGCGGUCAGAACGUGAUCCAGCUGGAGACGGCGGUGGGUGCGGCCAUCAAGAGCUUCGACAACGCCCUGGGCAUCAACGUGCCGCGAUCCCGCUUCCUGCCCGUCAAGACCGUCUCCGACCUCCUAUUGGUCAUGUCCAACCUCUACAGCCUGGAGGCGGGCUCUCUCACCAUGAGCCAGAAGAGAGAGUUCCCUACCACGCCCCACGUCAAGCUGGGCAGCUCCUUUACUAAGGUCCAGGAAUACCAGACGCGGUUCGAGAGCAUCCCUGAUAUGCUGGAGCUGGAUCACCUGACUGUGUGUGUGUGUUCUAAGGUCCAGGAAUACCAGACGCGGUUCGAGAGCAUCCCUGAUAUGCUGGAGCUGGAUCACCUGACUGUGUGUGUGUGUUCUAAGGUCCAGGAAUACCAGACACGGUUCGAGAGCAUCCCUGAUAUGCUGGAGCUGGAUCACCUGACUGUGUGUGUGUGUUCUAAGGUCCAGGAAUACCAGACGCGGUUCGAGAGCAUCCCUGAUAUGCUGGAGCUGGAUCACCUGACUGUGUGUGUGUGUUCUAAGGUCCAGGAAUACCAGACACGGUUCGAGAGCAUCCCUGAUAUGCUGGAGCUGGAUCACCUGACUGUGUGUGUGUGUUCUAAGGUCCAGGAAUACCAGACACGGUUCGAGAGCAUCCCUGAUAUGCUGGAGCAGGAUCACCUGACUGUGUGUGUGUGUGUUCUAAGGUCCAGGAAUACCAGACGCGGUUCGAGAGCAUCCCUGAUAUGCUGGAGCUGGAUCACCUGACUGUGUCCGGUGACGUCACGUUUGGAAAACAAGUUUCUCUCAAGGGAACGGUCAUCAUCAUAGCCAAUCACGGAGAUCGUAUCGACAUCCCGGCUGGAACGAUACUGGAGAACAAGAUUGUGUCGGGCAACCUUCGCAUCCUGGACCACUGAAGCCUUUAACUACUCCUCCAGCACCACAUCCACCACUGACAUGUGACGAAGCCAGACACAUCCACCACCAUCAUGUGACCAGACACAUCCACCACAUCAUGUGACAAAGCCAGACACAUCCACCACCAUCAUGUGACCAAGCCAGACACAUCCACCACCAUCAUGUGACCAAGCCAGACACAUCCACCACCAUCAUGUGACCAAGCCAGACACAUCCACCACCAUCAUGUGACCAAGCCAGACACAUCCACCACCAUCAUGUGACCAAGCCAGACACAUCCACCACCAUCAUGUGACCAAGCCAGACACAUCCACCACCAUCAUGUGACCAAGCCAGACACAUUCACCCCCAACCAUGUGACCGAGCCAGACUUGAUCCAGACUCCUUUAAAUAAACUCCUGAGAGAGGGGUGCCAUACCCAACAGAUUGUGAUGUGAUAUCCAUGCUAUACCUGUAGUAUUUCAGCUCCCUGCCCAUUAGAUUCCCUUACUGGAUGAGAAUCGUGAUAGAAGUCAUAUGGAUGUGAUGUCAAUGGGAGAUUCAAUAUCUACUGUACAUGUCAGUACAGUCCUAGACUGGGAUUCAAUAUCUACUGUACAUGUCAGUACAGUCCUAGACUGGGAUUCAUUAUCUACUGUACAUGUCAGUACAGUCCUAGACUGGGAUUCAAUAUCUACUGUACAUGUCAGUACAGUCCUAGACUGGGAUUCAAUAUCUACUGUACAUGUCAGUACAGUCCUAGACUGGGAUUCAAUAUCUACUGUACAUGUCAGUACAGUCCUAGACUGGGAUUCAAUAUCUACAGUACAUGACAGUACAGUCCUAGACUGGGAUUCAAUAUCUACUGUACAUGUCAGUACAGUCCUAGACUGGGAUUCAAUAUCUACUGUACAUGUCAGUACAGUCCUAGACUGGGAUUCAAUCCGAUCGCUGAUUUGGACAAAGCACCAUUUAAAGGUAACUCCUGAUUGAGCCGACAGAUAUACAGUGUUUACCGUGAAUUUAGUGACCGUGAACGUGGGACAUUGCCUUUAAAACAUGCAUUACAGACAAAGCGGGAUCGGAUUGCAUCCCGGCCCUAAUUGACAAUUCAAUAUUAUAUAAUGUCCACAACAAUAUCGAAGGAAUACCAGUCAACAAUAUUAUGAAAUACUUGUCAUUGUUAUUUUUAUCAGAAAAUAUUUUGAAGGAGUUUGUCAGUCUUUUUAAAAUGUGUUUUUUUUUACAUCAAAAUAAUUAUUUCACUGUAAUCUUAUUCCACUUGUACCUUACUGUCUCUCCAUCCCUCUAUCUAUCCCUCUCUCCAUCUGUCUAUCUAUCCCUCUCUCCAUCCCUCUCUCCAUCCCUCUCUCCAUCCCUCUCUCCAUCCCUCUAUAUAUCCCUCGCUAUAUCCCUCUCUCCAUCCCUCUAUAUAUCCCUCGCUAUAUCCCUCUCUCCAUCCCUCUAUAUAUCCCUCGCUCCAUCCCUCUCUCCAUCCCUCUAUAUAUCCCUCUCUCCAUCCCUCUCUUCAAUAGCUCUCUGAGAGAGAGAGAGAGAACGGUUGCAUUUUCUGCUCAAGUGUUGUUCUUACACACAGAGGCCUACUGUAGAAGAGUUGAUGACACACAGAGCCCUACUGUAGGAGAGUUGAUGACACACAGAGCCCUACUGUAGGAGAGUUGAUGACACACAGAGCCCUACUGUAGGAGAGUUGAUGACACACAGAGACCUACUGUAGGAGAGUUGAUGACACACAGACCUACUGUAGGAGAGUUGAUGACACACAGACCUACUGUAGGAGAGUUGAUGACACACAGACCUACUGUAGGAGAGUUGAUGACACACAGACCUACUGUAGGAGAGUUGAUGACACACAGAGACCUACUGUAGGAGAGUUGAUGACACACAGAGCCCUACUGUAGGAGAGUUGAUGACACACAGAGACCUACUGUAGGAGAGUUGAUGACACACAGACCUACUGUAGGAGAGUUGAUGACACACAGAGACCUACUGUAGGAGAGUUGAUGACACACAGACCUACUAUAGGAGAGUUGAUGACACACAGAGCCCUACUGUAGGAGAGUUGAUGACACACAGAGACCUACUGUAGGAGAGUUGAUGACACACAGAGCCCUACUGUAGGAGAGUUGAUGACACACAGACCUACUGUAGGAGAGUUGAUGACACACAGAGCCCUACUGUAGGAGAGUUGAUGACACACAGAGACCUACUAUAGGAGAGUUGAUGACACACAGGGCCCUACUGUAGAAGAGUUGAUGACACACAGAGCCCUACUAUAGGAGAGUUGAUGACACACAGAGACCUACUGUAGGAGAGUUGAUGACACACAGAGACCUAGGGCUCGAUUCAUCUCAUAUCACAGAAGUUCAGCGUUACAGCGCGAUUUAAAUUAGGAAACGUUUACGGUGAAUGCGGUUUCCGCUAACCCGCUAACGUUGCCUUUCCAUUUCUAUUGCGCUGUAGCGCAGAUCUUCAGCACAACGGAUUGAAUCAAGUCCCUACUAUCAGAUGGUUGAAUGACGACUCAACGUCUGAGGGGCCCUACUGUCUGCAGAACGGGAGUCUGAAAGCAGUACGAGUGUUGUCCUGGGACUGAAAGCAGUACGAGUGUUGUCCUAGGACUGAAAGCAGUACGAGUGUUGUCCUAGGACUGAAAGCAGUACGAGUGUUGUCCUAGGACUGAAAGCAGUACGAGUGUUGUCCUGAGUCUGAAAGCAGUACGAGUGUUGUCCUAGGACUGAAAGCAGUACGAGUGUUGUCCUGAGACUGUCUGCAGUACGAGUGUUGUCCUGAGACUGAAAGCUGUACGAGUGUUGUCCUAGGACUGAAAGCAGUACGAGUGUUGUCCUAGGACUGAAAGCAGUACGAGUGUUGUCCUGAGACUGAAAGCAGUACGAGUGUUGUCCUAGGACUGAAAGCAGUACGAGUGUUGUCCUAGGACUGAAAGCAGUACGAGUGUUGUCCUGAGA